CGCAGCAAGCAUUACCGCGUCUUAUGUGCAGGAGCCAUAACAAUCGAGACCCUUUGUUCUGAGCUUGGUUUGAGCCUCUAGCCAAAUAUUGAAGGAAGGAAGGAAGGAAGGAUGAGCUUGGUUUGACAUUUUAUAUGAUCUCGUAGUAUUACUUAUCGUGACAAAACGAAAGACUUUUAGAGAACAAUUGCAUCGUUGUUAUGCCUGCUUAUCAUUCAAGUUUCACACAGAGCCAUGGCACCAUUGGAAACAUGGCUCUCUUGCCAAUCAAGACCACAUUCAGAGGUCCAGCUCCUCCUUUUAACAACAAAGAUAUAAUUGAUGAAGCAUUAUAUUUCUUUAAAGCCAAUGUAUUCUUUAGGACAUAUGAAAUUAAGAGUGAAGCUGAUAGAGUUUUGAUCUAUAUCACUUUAUUUAUUACUGAAUGCCUGAAGAAAUUGCAAAAAUGUGCAACCCAACCACAAGCCAUGAACGAAAUGUUUUCUCUAGCCAUUUCUAAAUUUGAUAUCCCUGGUGAUGCUGGUUUCCCAUUGAAUUCUGUAUAUGCCAAACCAAGCAGCCCUGCUGAAGCUGAUCUUAUGAGACAGUAUCUUCAUCAGAUCAGACAAGAAACAGCUGUUAGAAUUGUUGAAAAAGUAUAUGGUGAGGAUGGCAAGCCAAGCAAAUGGUGGCUUUGCUUUGCAAAAAAGAAGUUUAUGGAUAAAUCAUUGUCUGGACCUGGGCAAUAGCUUUUCUCAUGUAAAUCCGCGAUGUUUUAGAUAUUGCAUAUAGAUUAAGAAUUUUAUAAUUUUAAAAAAUAUAUCAAUAAAAGCAUAUUGUAGUUAUUGACGUGAUUAAUAUAAUUGUAAGUAUAAUUUACAGGAUCUCAUUAUUUGACACAGCUAUCCUUAAGUUCCCUUUUUAAUUAAGUAUUGACUUUAUUAAUUAGUUCAUAUAUAACAAAGUUAAUUAACAUCUAAUUAGAAUGGGAAAUUUAAGGAUAGUUUGUACAAGAAGAGAGUGGUUUUAGUAUACGUUUUGAACGAAUAAUUUGGCGCGUCAAACAAGAUCCCUCCGUAAAUUAUAUUAUUAGUCGCACACCAAUAACCGCGAUAUGCUCUUAUUAGCCAUAUUCUUCAAUUUCCAUAGAUUUGACAUUUAUCACAAUACACAUAUACAUGAUGAAGUAACGAUUCAUCUUAUCUUUAUUUUCAUUGUUUAUUUAUCUUGCUUUAUAUUGUUUAAAAAUAUGUUAUAGAGAAAUAAAGAAAUUGAAUUUUA